AUGUUAGUUCUUCCUAAACCUACAAAUUCGAUCUCCUUUAACUUCCCAAAUUUCGCAAACAAUGAUCCACGAAUAAAUUUCCAAGGAGAUUCAAUCAGGAAUGGUAGCUUCAUUGAAGUUACCAGGAACAACGCUGGCCUUUACAAAAUUAGUAGUGUAGGCCGUGCCAUUUACUCAGAAGCUAUACAACUUUGGGAUGCAACCACUGGAAGGAUGACAGAUUUUGAGACACACUUCUCAUUCAUCAUCGAUGCACAUAAUGCGACUAUGGCUGGUGAUGGUAUGGCUUUUUUUCUUGCACCUUUCGGGUCUAUACUUCCUCCAUAUUCUUGGGGUGGCUCUCUUGCCUUGUUGACUUCGAACGUAUCGCAAAAGAAUUUGGCUACCAAUCAAAUUGUUGCGGUUGAGUUUGACACUUAUAAAAACACAUGGGAUGCAAGUUCAGAUCAUAUAGGUAUCAACGUUAACUCGGUAGUAUCUGUGGCUACUGAGCCAUUGGCACAUCGUAGUAUAAGGGACGGAAGAAAAGCUAAUGCUUGGGUAACUUAUAAUUCUGCUACAACUAACUUGAGUGUUCUUCUAAGUUAUGAUGAAAAACCCAUUUUCAUUGGGAGUUGGGAGAGUUCUAGUUUGUAUCAUGUUGUUGAUCUAAGCAAAGUUCUACCAGAGCAGGUUACAGUUGGAUUUUCAGCCGCCACCGGCGUGUGGUUUGAAGAUCAUAAAAUCCUUUCUUGGAAAUUUAAUUCCACUUUAGAACUUAUCCAUAAAAGAAGAGACAAUAAAACUGGUGAAGGACAACCUGAUAUUAAUGGAGAAGGUAAUAAAACUGGAUUGGCGGUUGGUCUUGGUGUUGGCUUUGGUGUUUUCGGAUUUGGGAUUGGUUUUGUUUUGUUUAUCUGGUGGAAGAACAGGCACAACUCAAGGAAAUUUCCGGAUGAUGCAGGAAAUAAUGCCGAAUUUUCUAUGAACGAUAUAUUUGAGAAAACAACAGGACCGAAGAGGUUCUCGUAUAGGGAACUGGUUAACGCAACGAAUAACUUCGAUGAAGGAGGAAAACUUGGAGAGGGAGGAUUUGGAGGAGUUUACAAAGGUUUCUUGAGCGACAUAAGCUUGAAUAUUGCCGUCAAGAAAAUCUCGAGUGAAUCAAAACAAGGUAAAAGGGAAUACCAAGCGGAAGUACAGAUCAUUAGCCAGUUACGACAUAGAAAUCUGGUUCAGCUAAGAGGCUGGUGCCAUGAAAAAAAAGAGUUACUUCUUGUAUACGAGUUCAUGCCUUACAGGAGCCUCGAUAAGCAUUUAUUUCGAAGAGAAACUGUUCUCACUUGGGAUGUCAGGUACAAAAUUGCUCUUGGUUUAGCUUCUGCAUUGUCAUAUCUACACGAAGCAGGGGAACAAUGUGUAGUUCAUAGAGAUAUCAAAUCAAGUAACGUAAUGUUGGAUACAUACUUUAACGCCAAACUUGGCGAUUUCGGUUUAGCUCGGCUUGUUGAUCAUGGGAAAAGAUCAGAAACAACCAAGGUAGCAGGAACAAGGGGUUACUUAGCACCAGAAUGUUAUACCACAGGUAAAUUUAGUAAGGAAUCAGACAUUUACAGUUUCGGAAUCGUAGCACUUGAGAUUGCUUGUGGGAGGAAACCAGUGGAAACAGAUAAGGUGGAUCUAGUAGAGUGGGUUCGGGGUCUUUACCGAAGUGGAAAGAUUAUUGAAGCUGCCGAUGAGAUAUUAAAAUUGGAGUUCAAUGAGUUAGAAAUGGAACACUUAUUGGUUGUAGGAUUAUGGUGUUCUCAUCCUGAUUCUGAAUUAAGACCUUCAGCUACUCAAGUGAUUAAUGUUCUUAAAUUUGAAUCUCCAUUGCCUAAACUUCCACUCGAGUUACCGACUUUCGCAUAUCAAGUUCCAGCAGCACCAUCUGUGCCUAAUCUUUCGUCAUCAGCUGGUCUUAACAAUAGUUCACUCACGGGGAGAUAG